AAAAAAUCAUGCAUGUUUGUUUAUUGAACAAUAGUAAACGCUAUACUUUGUAAAGGUCGGACUACGUGCAGUGAUGACCGUAAUCAUCUUAAGGCAUACAUCGAUUGAAACAAGAAUGUAAAAUGGCUGGAAAUCAAGAUGAAGAUGUCGGUAAAUCGACAAAAGAGGAAGGAAGCAAGGAACCACGUUCGUUAAAUAAUGACAUUGUUACUUAUGUCCGCUUUAAAAAUCGCUGUGACAGAAUCGCCACGUUGUUCUGGUUUAAUUUUAAAGGAAACUUGGUAAGGUAUUCCAUUUUGAAGAAAGGAGAGUUUAUCGAUAUGAACACAUACGUAACACACCCAUGGUGUGCAAGGGAAACUGUGACAAAUGAUCGACUUGUUAUCGACAAACAACGUGUGUUUUAUCCUGCAGAAGGAGAAGAUUUAACGUACAAACUUGUGUACAUCGACAUUCCAGUUUAUUCUUUGAGAGAGCGAUGUAAACAGAUUAUAUGGAAAGCAUAUCCUGACACUGACCCAAAGACACUGGAUAUACCAAGAGUGCUCACUAAAGAACUGGACACAAAGAAAUCUGUAUCAUACACUGACUAUGAAGGCUUUCACCAAACAUGAUUUUGUUACGUAACUGAAAAAAUUGGGUAAAAUGUGAUAUAUAUAUUCCUUGAAUGUUAAGGCUACUGUAACAUCAAGGCCAUGUCACAUUUUAUUUUUAAAGGAAUCCAUUCUUCAUCUCAUUAAGUUGAUGUAAUAUAACAAAAUGUCAUUUGCAAGAGCAUGCCAAUGAUAUGCAUGUAUUCAUUUACAGAUUUAUCUUUCAGUGUUUAUAAAUAAUGUUUUAUCAUAAUCAUUGUCAAGAAAUCCAAGUGCAUUUACUCAAUGUUGAUACUCAAAUCAGCAAAAAUGUAUAGGUUUUAUUUUGUAUGUAGAAAAU